AUGGGAGAUGGGGGCGCCGAGCGCGACCGCGGCCCCGCGCGCCGGGCAGAGCCUGGUGGCGGCAGUGGACGCAGCGGGGACCACGGCGGAGCGGGGGACUUGCCAGUUGAUGGGGGUGGCCGAAGCCCAGGGGAGGUUGCCGGGACCUCGGCCUCCAGCCCGGCGGGCUCCAGGGAGAGCGGCGCGGACAGCGACGGGCAGCCCGGACCGGGCGAAACGGACCACUGCCGCCGCAUCCUGGUACGAGAUGCCAAGGGGACCAUCCGGGAAAUUGUCCUGCCCAAGGGCCUGGAUCUGGAUCGGCCCAAGCGGACCCGCACAUCCUUCACUGCUGAGCAGCUGUACCAUCUGGAGAUGGAGUUCCAGCGCUGCCAGUACGUGGUGGGUCGCGAACGUACAGAGCUGGCCCGCCAGCUGAACCUCUCUGAGACCCAGGUGAAGGUCUGGUUCCAGAACCGCCGCACCAAACAGAAGAAAGAUCAGAGCAGAGACCUGGAGAAGCGGGCUUCCUCCUCAGCCUCUGAGGCCUUCGCCACCUCCAACAUUCUGCGGCUUCUGGAGCAGGGCCGACUGCUCUCAGUACCGAGGGCCCCCAGCCUCCUGACGCUAACUCCCAGCCUGUCAGGCCUGCCUGCUGGCCAUAGGGGCACCUCCUUGGGUGACCCCAGGAACUCCUCUCCACGCCUCAACCUGCUGCCCUCAUCCUCAGCAUCACCCCCGCUGCCACCCCCUCUGCCAGCCAUCUGCUUCUCCACGGCCCCACUCCUGGACCUGCCUGCCACCUAUGAACUAGGAUCCUCAGCCUUCGAGCCCUACAGUCGGCUAGAACGGAAAGUAGGCAGCCCUGGCGGGGGUGGCAAGAAAGCUAACACUUAAAGACUUCUACCUUUCUGUGACACUGAGUCCCCAGCACAGCACCACCCCAGCCUCCGGGCCCCAGUGGACUAAACUGUGCAGACACCGCCCCCCAAAGAGGAGGGGUGGCCACAGCACGCCUCCCCUACCUGCCCCCAGCUCAGAGACUUGACCAAAUGGCCUUGGUCCACCAGCCCGUGUGUGUGCAAGUGCAAGGCGUGUGUCUCUCACUGAAAUAAAGAAGGGAACAGCUCCCCACAGCA